GAAAUGUCGGGGAAAAGACGACAAUAUUUUAUUCAAUUUUGUAUUUAAAAAAAAAAAAAGAGAAAUUUCAUGUUGUAAUGCCAAUAUUAGUCAAUGAAUGCAUGAAAUACGUAAAAAACAGUAAAUCAUAAUAAAUUUGAUUUUUUUUUAUAGCUGAACUAAUGCACACUCUCUGUAGUUGAAAUAAAAUACGUAUUAGUUUGAAUUUAUGGAGAGCGAAAAGGGAAAUUCCAGUGCAGCCUAGGGCAGCGAUAAAAAACAAAUCUAAUACCUCUCUGAUAAAAAUGAUAGAAUAUCGAGAGCAAUUAUUUAUGUAAAAGGACUUCAUUUUUGCUGUUUUAGCAACGCUCUCUCAAGAGAAUGACGUAAUCUCGAGACGGAGAGAGGAGCUUAGGGAUCAUGGACCGCCAUCCAACGGUGAGGCCGGAAACCGAUCGAGCUCUCUUCUAUUGUGCUCGAUGAUCAACGGAAAAAUUUGGUAGCCAACAUCCCCUCGUUCAUUAACAUCACUAUGCGCCGCCGUAUAAAGUCGGCGUAUAAAACUGCAUUUUAUGUUUAUGUUUAUUUUAUAUAUGCACGAUGCACGCUCUUGCCAAAUUCGACAAUCGAUCAGGCAAAUCGCGUACGGAUCGUUCGCCAUGCCUCUCGUUGGAUAGGAGAAUGUACGGAAGGCAACACGGAAAAUGGGGAAAAAAGAACAGCGAGAACUGGAUGGCAAACGAUAAUACGGUACUUUAUUAGAGAGGAAGAUAUCAGGCACUUAUGGUGUACUUAUCCAAGUACACAGUAUCUGCGUCCAAAGAACAUUGGAAGAUAGCACAUGAUCGUUUCAAAGUAGGGGCAAUGAAAAAAACAAGAGCAGAGAAGAAGAAAAAAGAGAAAAAAAUAGAUAAGAAAAACUCAAUCUUUUUAAAGUGAAAUUUUGAAAGAUGAAAAAAAAAACGUCCACUUUUAUGAAAAAUGUUAUACCUUCUUGCAUCAAUAAAGAUGGAAAAAACUA